AUGCGAUGUCUAUUGUUUCUAAUGAUUUGUAAUACUUUAACUAUCGGAAUUGUUUCAAGACCACGGCUUCAAAUUUUUGCUCGCAAUUUAAUCUUGUUUGCGAACAUUUCUUCGCAAUACAGUAUUAUUGAGAACUUGGAAAAAUACAACUGGACUCUACCUGCAAUUGCUACGUUUGAUAAGUGGCUGAAUAAAAAUUGGAUAGAACCGGAGUUUUGGGAAAGAAACUACGGUUCUCCGACGAACAAGAAAGAAGUGCGAGAUGAGAUGAAGAAAUAUUUGUAUAGCUUCAAGGCCAAGAAAAAUCAGAUUGACUAUCUAUGCAAGACUGCUAUUUCGGAAGGAAUAUUCAAUAAAGAAGAUUCUGAAAAUAUCAGAAAGGUUUAUUGGGAUCUUCACGCGUGGUAUGAUAUCGAGCGUGCGCAAAGCAAGUUUUUUGAUCCGAUGUACAGUGGGUAUCUGGAUGAAAACUUGGACCCAGCGAGCCUAUUGAAGCUGAAGGUUAUUUCUGACAAAUAUCUCAACGAAAACAAGAAGCAGAAGCUGCUUUUGACAUAUCACAAUCCCGAUGGAUUGCGAAAUCAUUGGAAGUAA